CCCAUUCGAAUGCUGUGGUCGGACUUAAAGGUCUAGGUCACCUAUGCGAAGCCAGUGUGCUACGCCUCGAGUGUGGAACGUGUAGCUCGUUUAUGCAAUAUUUUUUUUUACACUUGUUUAUGCAAUAGUUAUGAUGCGAGCUCUUUGCCACAAGAUCAGAGCAAUUCCAUACUGUCAUAGGACCGAGCUCCGGAUUUUGUCCACGCCAUGGAUUCCAGCGACUUGGCCGGGUUCAAUUGGCUAUGGAAUUGAUUUUCCAUCCCGGAAAAAUCCAUCGUAUCUUCGGAAGCCUGCCAGUGUCUCCACCAAGGCCACGCCGGCACCUUCCUCCAUGGUCAUGGAGCCCACCGCGGACGAGGUGGCCUUCGAGUCCCCGGCGCACUUCCGCAUCUACAAGAGCGGCAAGAUCGAGCGCCUGAACAGGCCUCCGGUUCUCCCCGCCGGCCUCGACGAGGCCACCGGAGUCACCUCCAAGGACGUCGUCCUGGACGCCGAAACCGGCCUCUCAGCUCGCCUCUACCUCCCGAAGCUCCAGGAGCCGUCCAAGAAGCUCCCCGUCGUCGUGUACAUCCACGGCGGCGCGUUCCUGCUCGAGUCAGCCGACUCCGCCACGUACCACACCUACGUGAACCCACUAGCAGCGGCGGCGGGCGUCCUCGUGGUGUCCGUGAGCUACCGCCUGGCGCCGGAGCACCCUCUCCCGGCGGCCUACGAGGACUCCUGGGCCGCGCUGCGGUGGGCGGCAUCGGCGCAGGACGAGUGGAUCGCCGAGCACGGCGACGUGGCGCGGCUCUUCCUCGCCGGCGACAGCGCCGGCGCCAACAUCGUGCACGACAUGCUGCUGAGGGCGUCCGGCGACGGCGGGCCGCGCGUCGAGGGCGCCAUCAUGCUCCACCCGUGGUUCGGCGGGAACACGCCCAUCGAGGGAGAGCCGGAGGGCGCUUCAGCGGCGACCGUUGGGCUCUGGACGUACGCGUGCCCGGGAGCGGUCGGCGGCGCCGAUGACCCGAGGAUGAACCCGCUGGCGCCCGGCGCGCCGGCGCUGGAGAAGCUCGGGUGCGCGAGAAUGCUGGUGUGCGCCGGGAAGAAGGACCCGCUCUACGUGAGGGACCGCGCGUACUACGAAGCCGUGUCGGCCAGCGCGUGGCCCGGGGACGUGGACUGGCUCGAGUCCGAGGAGGAGGAGCACGUCUUCUUCCUUCCGAAGCCCGAGUGCGAGAACGCCAAGAAGCUCCUGGACCGCGUCGUGGCCUUCAUAGCCGGAGCCUGACUUGCUCUCCCUGUGCGCUCGCAGCACUCGAGGUUCAAACGUUCGAGCCGUCAUUGAACAUGUGCAAGGUUUCUUGUAGAUGUAUGUAGUAAUUGAACUUGUUGAAUCUGAAACUUUUAAGCAAAUGAAAUUUCUACUCCCUUUGUUCCGUUUUAUAGGUCGUUCUAGGCCCCGAUAAAAUUGUCAAAUUGGAGGUCGUCCUCGCCCUCAUAGUUCACUCCGUCCUUUUAUUUUCCUAAAAUGCCCUUGCGCUCUCUCCUCCGACUCCUGUCGUGCGCUACUCCUUCCCCCAAAUCGCAUCGCAGCGGCAGCCAACCCCGCACACCUCUGUCGCCCCCACCUUCUCCACUACUCGGAUUCGAUUCAAUCCUCGACCGAUGUCCUCCAGCAGGUAGAUGUUCCUCUCCUUCGGCAUAUGCUUGGUCGCCGACAGCAGCGGGGGUUCACCCAUGAGCGGUGGCGAGGAGGAGAAGGUCACACUAGAUCUUGGGCGUCUUGACAUCGUCGGGCCCAAGACGCUGCUGGUGGACGACGACAGCCUCGAGGUCUGCACGGUGGAGCUCGGCCUAAUGUCGGCAGAGGAGGUACUUCUCCAUCGAGCAAAUCUCGAGCCCUUCUCCAUCGAGCAGUUACAGGGUGACAAAGAAACCAAACAAGGAGCACCAUUUGUGGAUCAGGAAGGAGACAGUUGUGCUAGGGUCAGGGAGUAUCAGACCUCUUUAUUGCACUUCAGUUAUCCUCACCUGACAUGUGAAAUAUGGCACUUCAGUUAUCCUCACCUGACAUGUGAAAUAUAUUGACUGAAUCACUGCUUUUGUAGUCAUUUCUCUUUGACUAUGCUCUUAUUAGGAAGAAUUAGUUAUUCUGACAUCGAUUUGUCAUGUUUAAGAAACUGAUGUGUUCUCAAAUCAGUCUGUGGAGUAGGUUUCAAAGUGGAGUAUAUUUAAGUCUUGUUUUGUGAGGUGUGCUUCUCAAACCUGAAAAUGGCUUGAAGUGCACGUUUCCUUAACCUUUUAUACUCAUGCACAUCUCUGAAUAAUUAACCAGUGGUUACAAUCUCUGAAGAAAACAAGCCUUAACAUGUCGAUACAGUAAUAAUAAUAAUAUAAACACAGUACUCCACACAAGUCUAAAAUUCUAUUGCAUCUACAGGACCGGCGACAACUAUAUUAACUUAAACACAGUAAUACUCCACACCAUUAACAUUACAACACAGUAAUAUCACACUCAAACCAUAAUGAGCUAGAUUUGCUAGUGCACUAUCAUAGAGAUCUUUAUCACAUGACAACCGAUGAGGUAGCCUUCCUUCUCUUUCUAGUCUAGCCUUCUCUUAUUCAUAUGUGGAUUUCUGUACCUAUUUCCUCCUCCAAUCUUCAUCACCUCCUUCAUGCACAUCUGGAGACUUAGAAACACUCUAUUUAGAUUUUCCACAUCAUAUGCUUCAUACUCUUCCUCCACACCUUGAAUUAGCUCUUCAAUAGUUGUAGGGUUUCUGGAAUCAGUUAAAGACUGGAGGGAUCUGAAGAAACUUAGGUCUAGUACAUUCAUGUCUAGGGAGUUAGGUGGUUGUUGCAUCAAUCAGAUAUCUAGCCCUAUAGCCGCCACAGCUUGAAGGAAGGCUGGGUCAUUUGGACUAACAUGUGUUCUUGCGUUGUCCUGUUGGAUGUAAAUAGUCUCAUGAAUAGCAUCCUGCGGCCACACUGAUUUGAUUGCUGGGAUAACUUUUUCAAUAAGAUAUUGCCUCAUCACCUCCCUGUUAACUAUGAUUGAUUUUGUUUCCAAGGUUCCUCUCUCCCUAUCAUUGAAAUGCAAAACUGGAGCCUCUCCCUCUUAUUUCUCUCUUUCAAGUGUGGCUUCAAUGUAUUGGAGUGGCGUCUUAUCAAGCCUACCUUGAACUUCCUGUGUAAUGUUGAAAUACUGACAUCUAGUGACUUAGCUAGUGAUCUUAAGGUGGACCUUCUAUUUAGUGGGAUUGUGGCCAUUCUAGAGAGCUCAAGUUCAGCUUUCUUGCGACUGCAUUGGCCAGUUCUUUUGUUAGACACAUCAACUUCCAGCCCAAGUACAAUUUGCUCCCUUGCAGUCUUCCAAAUCUUUUGAAUAACUCAAAUUUGUGUCUGAAAGAAUGCAGCGACUUCCUUUGUUGUAGUCUUUAGUAAUUUCCCAUUUUUACUCUUUGCAUGCAAUGAUGUGUAAGCAGCAUAUCUUUGGGCAUUUGUUAGCCAUUUCCUUAACCUCAUCUGUGGUUGUUGUACACCUGCAAGGAUAACAAUGAGAUAAUACAAUUAUAAAUUAGCAAGUUUCUUUAUACACAUCAAACUAAAAAAACAAAUGUAUAUGUUGCAUUUAUGAAUCUAUGUCUCUUAUAAUAUGUUUAUCUCUAUUCAAAUGUCCGAUAAAUCUUUGCUAGUUCAAGUGUUUAGUACUCCAAUAUCUGAUGAAUAUGUGUCUUAUAAUUAAGUUUAUGUUGUACCUGCACCUUCAGCAAGAGCAUUGGCUUCUUCAUCUUGAGCAGGAACAAUGCCUUCAUCCUGAGCCAUAGCAUCAAUUUCCUCGUCAGCUACAUCCUCAACAUCUCUAGGUUAAAAAAACAAAUACUCCGAGUAUGCAAAGUUGUAUCUGCACCUUCAGCAGGAGCAACACCUUGAUUCUGAGCCAUAGCGUUGCCUUCUUCACCAGCCACAACCUUGGCGCCUCCUGAUUUGUAGAUUAUCAAAGUGGGCAAUCAAGGGAUGCUCUAAAUCUCUAGUUGCACAUAUUGCUACUCUAAAUGGAGUAUGGAGCUUGUACCUACAGCUUCAGCGGGAGCAUCAUCUUCCUCGUCAGAUAAUACCUCGCCUCCAGCAGAUAGAUUGAAGCAAGCUCGGGUUGGCCGAGAGGAUAGCUUUACCAGAGAUUGCAAGUGUUGGAGUUGCUUGCUUGCUAGAGACACGUCCAGGAGUUUUGCAGAGAUCUCUCGUGUUGGAGCUUGCUUGCUUGGCGGAGGCUGCAUGUCCAGGAGCUUGCUUGCCGGAGGUCACGUGUGCAGGAACUUGCUUGCCGAGGAGUCCGGCCGGCCGGCUAAUCGGGAAGCAGUGAUCGACAGGAGAGUCGCCGCUUGCGUCUGUGGAUCGCAGCGGGUGGAGGGCCGAUGGGUUCAAAAUUUCAAAAUUCAAAUUGCUUGCUGGCCAGCGUGCGUGGGAGAUGGGAGGGUUGGGGGGCACUGGGCAAAUGUGCAUGUAUAGCUGGAUGGUAUAAUUGACCUUUUGUUAGUUUUCUUAAUCUGCCUGAAACUGGUCGGAAUGACCUAUAAAACAGAACACAGAUGGAGUAUUCAUCUUUCCAGCAGCUCUGCCACGGACCUACAGUUGAGGACGGCGCAGUAGUGUUGUCA